UUUUGUGGGUUCUGCGCCUCGUCGGUCGACAGUCGACAGUCGUCGAUCGUCGGUCGUCAGUCGUCAGUCGCUACCGGCAGCUCUGCAGAGACAGACAGACAGUGACAGAGGCAGCGGCAGCGACAGCGGCAGCGCAGUAAACGAUCGUCGCAGUCAGAGACAGAGUCUCAGUCUCAAUCGCAGUCCCAUUCAGAUUCGGUCUACACUUCCAAACAAAACGACAACGUCGUCGCCCAACACCGGAUAGACAACGAACAGAGCGCGGCCAGCGAGGUUGCUCGCUGCCCAAUAAACCCACCGCCUACAGCCCCAAAAAAAAAAAAAAAGAAAAGCAACAACAACAACAACCCAACUGCCAACUGUCGGAGACGUACAACUGACAGUUGGUCUAUCUGGCCAAUAGAGUUGAUUUAUUUAAUUUGCAACGACUCCGAAAAAGUUGCGCGCGCGAAUGCUGUAAAAACAUUUCACGUGGUUGUCUUCCACAUUCUUCUCUCCUGGCCAUAAAAGAAAACAAAGGAAAAUUGCCUUUGAAGUGCGCGACUCGACUCGUGGAUGGGGUUUUAGAAAGCAAAAUCGCAUUGAUAAAUGUUCGAAAAUAAGUAAAUGCGCAAUAUGUGUGUGUGUAAAAAGUGUGUGUCGACUGCCGAAAAGUGAAUGAACAAUCGCGAGACUUUGUGAAAAUUACUUGAUUAGAGCGAACACCCCAAAAAAUUGUUGUGCUUUUGAGACACUUCAUUCAAGUUGACGCAAUUAAUAACAUCUGGUGUCGGGAUCAGCUCGUUAGCUGAUAGCGAUAAGUCGAAUUAAACAAUUUGAAAACAGGGCAAAAUAAUAUUCCGAAAUUAUGUAAACAAACUUAAAAUAAGCAAAAUAAUUCAGUACAGCAGUACAAAAGCAAUGAUCAAACAAAACUUGACUCCGAAUUGACUCCGAAUUACCUACGCAUUGUCUAAUUUCCUAAUACUCCGAAGCAACCUGACUUACUCCGAAUCAAGAUGCGCACCUUCAAACGUGGCUUCUUCUGCUCGGAUCUGUCCUUGCGUUACCCGUACCAUGAGUGCACCAUCACAGUGCCCAUGCUACUCCUAAUGAUGCUCCUCCUGCCCAUGCUCUUCAUCAGCGUCGUGGAGAUCAUGCGGAUUUGCAGGCAUCUGCGGAUGCGGAAAUAUCUUCGCAAUUUGUGGCGAUCGCAGGCGACGUUCAGCUUUGGCUUCAUCGCCACCUUCCUGACCACGGAGCUGGCCAAGCACGUGGUGGGUCGACUGCGUCCGCACUUCUACAGUGCCUGCCAGCCGCGGUUGCACGACGGCUCCAGCUGCUCGGACGCGCACAACGCGGAUGUCUAUGUGCAACAGUUUUACUGCAGCAAUCGCAAUCUGUCAACGCAGCAGAUUCGCGAGUUGCACGUCAGUUUUCCCAGUGCACACAGCAGCCUGAGCUUCUACUCGAUGUGCCUGCUCGCCUUCUACGUGCACAGCGUGUGGCAGGGGCGUGGCAGCGUGCGCGUCAUGCGGCACAUUCUGCAGUUCCUGCUGAUCAUGGCCGCCUGGUACGUCUCCCUCAGCCGAGUGGCCGACUAUUGGCACCAUUGGUCCGACGUGUUGGCCGGCGCCGUCUUGGGCGUUGUCUAUGCCACAAUCACGGCCAUUUAUGUGGGCGAUCUGUUGCAUGCGCGGCCCCACCCGACUGGCCCCGUUGCACUGGGCUACAUGUGUGCGCCCACCAGUUGCAGUUGCAAUUGCAGUUGUAGCUGUUGUUUCUGCCACCAACAUCGCCACCAUCAUCUGCACCAUCAGCUCCUGGCCGAGAAUAAUAAUUCCACGACUUCAACUAAGGUGCACUUUCUGGCAGCCGCCGCCGUUGCAACCACUCAGCUCGACUGUGGCUCCCACCACCGCAUUAGCGACAGCGACGUUGACGACGACGAAGACGAAGACGUCCAUAUUGACAUCGACGGCAACAGCGACGGCGACGUCGACGGCAGCUGCGAAGCUGACGCUGACGCUGACGCUGACUACAAGCUGCCCACAUCGCGUAAUUCAACACCACCGCCCUCGUUACCGUUGUCGCCACCGCUGUCGCCACCGCCACCGCCACCGUCACCGCCGCCGACAACGCCACCGUCUUCUGGAGCAGCGCUGCAGCUGAGCUUGCCAAAUACGACGGCCUAAUCCGACUUAUCUAUAGAAUGGGGAAUGCUUUCGACUAUUUUUCCAUUAGAAAUUCGAAAUUCGAAAUUCGAAAUCGAAGCAAACAGAAAUAUGUGAUAAGCGCGCGGCGCACUCUUUACCUGAUAUGCACAUACCGCUUUACCAAGUAUUCCGCAUGAUUUACGAAAUCCACGCCAAGACAGACGCGAGUCGUUGCGACAUUGUGCAACAUCUGGCAACGCUGCGGGCGCACAAUGGGCACGAAACGUGAGGUGACCGCUCAAAAGUUAGCCUUACACACUGUACAGUGUACACAAUCUUUGCACUCUAUAUAAUAAUCAUAUAAUUAUUAUGAUUUUUGCGGCAUCGUCAACAUAUCGAGUAUCUGCAACUUGGUCCCCGUCGGCCAUAGUGUCCAGUAUCUGUGGCUACUUUUUAACGGCUGCGACUGCCGCCUGUUUGUUUGUAAACAAAGCCGCAGUCACGUCGCAGUCGCAGUCGCCUCUUUGAAGUGGCAACGUGCAGCGGUUCGCUCUCCAAUCAGCUGCCACAAUCUGCCGCUGCAGCUGCAGUUAACGCAGGCGUUGACGCUGACGCUGACGCUGACAGCGGCGUCUCUGCCGCCGGCGUUAAAUGGAUUUCAAUGCUUUGCGAUAGACGCAGAGUCGAUAAGGCAAAAGAAAAACAAAAUACAAAUAGUGUACAAAUAAAAAAUAAAAACAAUACCUAGAAUAACAUCAACAUAUGUAUUGUUGUUGUUAUUGCUUAAGUUGUAGCUAAAGCACAUUUCAAAUUGAUUAUUAUUGGUCCGGCCUAAAGAUUUAUGAACAAAACUAUUUAUUAGCAUUUACUUAUAAUUAUGUUUGUUUUAUGAGCAUGUUAAUUUUGAUAGAGAUUUCAUUUGCUUUCGCUGUUGAAAGACCAGUGUUUGCUUUUUAACAUAAUAAAUAACACAUUAUUGUUA